GUUUGCCACCACUCUAAGCCCAGGGCAGCCAUUUAAUACGACCUCUGUGUGUGUGUGUGUGUGUGUGUGUGUGUGACGGAUGGACUGAGCUUGCACUCGGAGCCAGAGACGUUCGCCUGCUCCAGGACAGACGAGAACUCAGCGUGAGCUUGCGGAAGUGAGCUGCGCUCCGUCCGGGAUGAGAGAGGCUCAAGGAUGUGCCCUCUAUCUCACUCACUUGCGGACUCUCUCUCGCUUAACGGCAAGGGGGACACUUCCUCCUUCGCUCGGCGCACACUAACACUGUCCUGGGAGACUAACAUGCAACCCGUGAUUAACCUGGAAGAGAGUUAAUUUAGGAUGAGCAUCUUUAGUGAAUUUCCACAUACUGAAGGACGUUCCGUCCUGCUGGUUCUUGGCUUCACUGUUCCCAUCUGUCUUGUGGUCGUAGCCGUUUUCACCAAGAAAGAAACGUCAAGUCAGAUAUUGACUCAAGCCCAUGAGAGAAUGAUGAGCCCUACUGGGCCCAGUCCCAAUCCCAACAUCCCAUCAGAGUACUGCUCCACCAUACCGCCCAUGCAGCAGGCCCGCGCCGCCGGCACCCUCAACUCUCCCCCACCCACCGUCAUGGUCCCCGUGUCUGUCCUCAAACACCCCGGUAAUGACGAGUUACCUAAUUGUAAAUUUCCUGGCGAGUGUGAUCAGAGCGCCGGAGGAAGUUCUGACAGCGCUGCCGAGGUGAGCCGCCCGCCCAUCAGAGGCCCGUGGGACUACGGCCUGCUCUGUGCGGUGGGCAGCUGCGUGCAGGGAGCGGUCAGUCUGGUGCCGGAGGACGACGACGGUCUGCCUCCACUGCUCAUUACCACAGGAGAGGAGGAAUAUGGGGAUUUAUUAGUUGAGGAACGUCCUGCUGCUUGCCAAAUAUUGCUGCUGUUGGAAGAGGGAGGCCCACAACCACUGACCUUCGUGCUCAACGCCAAUUUACUGGUGAACGUCAAGAUUGUCACAUAUGGUGGGAAGAGGUGCUGGUGUCUGAGCUCUAAUGGUCUUCAGGGAGUGGGCCAGAAGGAGCUGGUGUUUAUAAUUGAGUGUCUCGCAGAGGAGAACAACCUGCCUAGAGACCUAUUCAACCUGUAUGUUAGUAUCUACGAGGAUGCACAGAAAGGGAAGUUCAUCGAGCACCUUGGCAACGUGACGUUCACUGACAGUUUCCUGGGCAGUAAAGAUCACGGUGGCAUCCUGUUCUUCACUCCAACGUUUCAGCCACUGGAUGGUCUUGCUCUGCCGCAGGUCUCGUUCCUCUGUGGUGUUUUGAUUCAGAAACUAGAGGUUCCCUGGGCUAAAGUGUUUCCCCUCCGACUGCUGCUCGCUCUGGGGGCACAAUACAGCGUGUAUCCCUGGCCUUUGGUGAGCGUGCGUUUCCGUGAUUCCGUUUUCAAAGAGGCGGGCCACACCAUCAUGAAUCUGCUCACAGAUCUGAGGAACUACCAGUACAGUUUACCUGUGGUGGAAAGUCUGCGAGUGCACAUGGAGAUGGGCAACAGCUACAUCGACAUUCCUAAGUCCAGGUUUAAUGAGAUGCUGAAGGUGGUGAACUCCUCCAAUGAACACGUGAUCAGUUUCGGCGCCUGUUUCAGCACUGAGGCCGAUUCUCACUUGGUUUGCAUGCAGAACGAGGACGGAAGCUACCAGACGCAAGCCAACAGUAUACCAGGAAAAACCAGGAGAGUGACUGGAGCUAGUUUUGUGGUUUUUAACGGUGCUCUGAAAGCCUCAUCAGGAUUCAUUGCCAAAUCCAGCAUUGUGGAGGACGGGUUAAUGGUGCAAAUCCCUCCGGAGACCAUGGAAGGUUUACGACAGGCCCUCAGGGACCAAACCGACUUUCAGAUCCCCUGUGGGAAGGCAGAUUCGGAUGAGACACGGGAAAAUGUGAAUGUACGCUGGGUCGACUGGACUGCACCCGUCAACUCUGGAGUCAUCAGUCCGGUGGAUGGCAGGUCUCUAGAGGGAGUGUCAAGCGUCAAGAUUCAACAGGACUCAGAGUUUGAGAUGGACGGCCAAACCAUCAGGUGUACUGAGGUCUUCUAUCUGCUGAAGUCUUCAGACGUCUCACUGUCUGCUGUCCUCACGUCAUCAGCUCAGUUUCAGAGAGAGAUCGCCACCGCCAGCUGCGCCGCCCUCUGCCCUCACCUCUCUGUGCUCUUGGCGAAUGGAUUCAACUCUCUCGGACUCCGGGUCUCCACCGACUCAGACAUGGUUGAGUACCAGGCUGGCUCUGGUGGCCACCUCCUGCCUCAGAAGUAUAUGAAUGAUCUAGACGGGGCUCUAAUUCCCGUCAUCCACGGAGGAAGCUCCUGUGUCCCCCAUCAGGCCAUGGACAUGGAGUUUUUCUUCUACAUCUCACUGAGCAUUUGAAAGCUGGUGACUUACAAACUUUGCAUCCACAGGCAGCCAUUGGGACCUUCACGACUGGUAGCAAUGAAUCGCAGAUACGGAGAGACAGACUUCGUAUCUGAUCUCUGACAAGGUAUGGAGAGUUUGAUGCAUUUUAGAGGAACUUCACUGAAGUGGAACUAUAUUAGCGAUCCUUUAGAAUAAAGCAGAGGUCAGCAACAAAAAUAAAAACGUGAGAACUUUGCUGUGCUUCUUCGUGUUUCCAGCAUCUGUUCAAUGGAUGCCAGUCGAUGAAUGUUGGUUUGAAUGCGAACAGAAUUGUUUAUGUAUGACUAUGAUGUCAGAUAUACCGAUAAUUAUAAUCGUUACUUGAUUGCACACAUGGCAACCGAGCAUAUGAAGUGCUGCAUUUCUUUGUCUGUUUUUUCUGAGCUGGAAUCUGCAAUGUUUUUUUCCCAUCCGUCAUAAUUUUCUGUUACCUUAUGAAGUAGCUUCAUGUGGACUUAAGAAUCCAUAUGAAGGUUUUAUGUACUGAUUAUUGUACUUUCUAAGUACUGCAUCUUAUGGUUAGUCAUUUUUCUCAAUCUGUAAAAUACACAGAGAGUAAAAUACACCUCGGUUUGAUUGCUUAAAAAAUAUAGAUGAAAUCAUCUGCUAAUUCAAUUAAACUUUUAUUAAGCUUAAAUACUAUUUUUGGAACAGACAGUUCAUGUGUUGAUUAAAGGUGAUAUUUUUGAUAGGGCAUUGAAAUUACAAAUUAAAACUCAUUCUGCAAUUAUAACCCCAAAAAAGCUUAUGAAAUGCUUAUGAAAACAUUGUUUCACAUCACAUAUAUUUACCAAAAAAAAAGGAGUUCAGAGUAAAGAAAAAGGAUGAUGGGAUCAUCUUAUGAAAAGAUUUGCUUUAACAUUUAUGUAAUUAUUUUCACACUACUGCAUUAAUUAAAGAAAAGGUCAUUUAUUGAGAUCUUUAAAUGCCUUUCUUUUACUAUUAGUUUAUUUUUACUGGACAAACUGAAAAACAGCCCCAUCUGUUAACACUACAAAUGUGUUGUUGGUGUGACCAGCCAGGAAUUGAAGAAUCCUUAGAGCUUUGAAUGUUGGCCUGAAAAAAUAUCAACACAUCUGAACACUUUUACAUGUUUUUUUAA